AGUGCUUAUCAUAUUCUAUGCAUUCAGUUGUUAUUUUUGUGUUCUCAGAGUUCUGCAACACUCUGCUCUCGUGACCAGAGUUCUGCAUUGCUCCAGUUUAAACAACUCUUUUCUUUCAACAAUUACUCUUCAAUCGCUUGUGAUUUUUUCCAACCAUAUCCUCACUCUUAUCCAAAAAUGAUGUCUUGGAAAGAGGAUAAGGAUUGCUGCUUAUGGGAUGGUGUCACAUGUGAUUCUUUAACAGGCCAUGUGAUUGAUAUCGACCUUAGUUGUGCCCGACUUCAUGGAAGUUUUCCUUCAAACACCAGUCUUUUCCUUUUAAAUCAUUUGCAAAGGCUAAACUUAGCUUAUAAUGAUUUCAAUCUUUCUCAUAUUUCUCUUGAUUUUCAUCGUUUGUCUAGUUUGACACAUCUUAAUCUCUCGUGCUCAAACUUCUUUGGUCAAAUUCCUUCUGAAAUCACCCACUUGUCUAAAUUGAUUGUGCUUGAUGUUUCUCAAAAUUAUGAAUUUUCAAUUGAAACAAAUACCUUAAAGGGGUUAGUUCAAAAUUUGACCAAAUUAGCAGUACUUCAUCUUGAUUAUGUUAACAUGUCUACUGUAGUACCAAGUUGCUUAAUGAAUUUAUCUUUUUCUUUAUGUUUUUUGAGUCUUUCUUCUUGUGAAUUGCAAGGAAAUUUUCCAAAUAGCAUCUUCCACCUACCAAGUUUAAAAACCCUUAAUUUAGCAUACAAUUACAACUUGACAAGUGUUUUACCUAUGUUUAAUUGGAGUAGCCCCCUUGAAUUUUUGGAUGUGUCUUCCACAGCUUUUUCAGGAGAAUUACCAAGUUCUCUUGGAAAUCUCAAGUACUUGACACAUUUUGAUGCCUCAGACUGUGAUCUCUAUGGGGUAUUACCUGUCUCACUUGGAAACCUUUCAAACCUUAAUCAUUUGAGCCUUUCAUCUAACAAUUUUGGAGGUCAAGUUCCUAAUAUGAUUUUGAACAUGAGUCAUCUUUUUGAUUUAGACUUUUCAUUGAAUCAAUUAACUGGUCCAAUUCCUUCUCAUGUAAAUACAUUUGGAACUUUAGUUUAUAUUUCUUUAUAUAGUAAUUCUUUCAAUGGGUCUUUGCCAUCUUGGUUAUUCACACUACCUUCGUUACAAUUUGUGGACUUGAGUUUUAACGAAUUAACAGGCACUAUAAAUGAAUUUCAUAGUAAAUCAUUGGAAAGUCUUUAUUUAGAUGGCAAUCGAUUGCACGGAUCAGUUCCAAGUUCAAUGUUUGAACUUAUUAAUUUAACUACUCUCGUUCUUUCUUUGGACAAUUCGAGUGCUAUUGAUCUUCACUUGUUUUCAAAGCUUAAGAAACUUAGAGAGCUUGACUUUUCUCGAGUCAAUCUAUCUUUGAGCACCUCAUUCAAAGGUAACUUUUCUUUUCUACAACUCACCACGUUGAGAUUAUCUGCUUGUAACUUGAGAGAGUUCCCUGAUAUUUUACGAAAAUUAGAUCAAUUGCGUUGGCUAGACCUUUCUGAAAAUAGAAUCCAUGGCCGGAUUCCUAAGUGGAUGUGGAACAUUGGAAAGGAAAGUUUGCACUGGUUAAAUCUUUCCUACAACUUUCUUACAACCUUAGAUCACAUUCCAUGGAAAAAUCUUCAAUAUCUAGACCUUCGUUCUAACUCCAUUCAAGCACCAUUUCCAAUUGCACCUCCUUACUUAAAGUUUCUUUCAUUGUCAAACAACAAUUUGACAGGAGAAAUACCUCAGUUGUGCAAUAUGAGUAUAUUACAAGUUGUAGAUCUUUCAAAUAAUAACUUGAAUGGUACGAUUCCCGAAUGCAUGGUAAACUCCAGUAGUCUUCAUGUCUUGGAUGUACAAAAAAAUAGACUGCAUGGAGACAUUCCUAGAGCAUUCGCAACAGGCAAUAAUUUGAAGACACUUAACUUCAACGGUAAUGGACUUGAAGGGCCAAUCCCACAAAGUUUGGUUAAUUGUUCAAGGCUUGAAGUUUUAGAUCUUGGAAACAACAACAUAAAUGAUAGCUUCCCCUAUUGGUUGGGAGAUCUUCCCAAGUUGCAGGUUCUUGUUCUUCGUUUCAACAACUUUUACGGUUCUGAUUGGGGUUCUUCUAAAUUUAAUAGUGGUUUCUCAGUAUUGAGAAUUUUAGAUCUCUCACACAACAAUUUUAAUGGCUAUUUGUCAGUAAGGUUUUUUGAGAAUCUAAAAGCUAUGAUGAAUCUUGAUGAAGAAAAAAAGAAAUUGAAUUAUAUGGGUGAUUCAUAUUAUCAAGAUUCCCUGGAGAUGGUAGUUAAAGGUUUUGGAAUCCAUCUGGAGAAAAUUCUUACUACUUUUACUACCAUUGAUUUUUCAAACAAUUGCUUUCAUGGAGAAAUUCCAAGCUCAAUUGGAAAACUUCAUUCACUUCGACUCCUCAAUCUCUCUCAAAAUAGUCUAACUGGUCAUAUUCCAUCGUCAUUGGGAGACUUAAUUGCACUCGAAGCUUUAGAUCUAUCUUCAAACAAGCUUGUUGGAGUAAUUCCAAGGGAAUUGGUAAGUUUGACCUUUCUAGCAAAGUUAAACUUAUCAAAAAAUCAACUUGUGGGACCUAUUCCUCAAGCGAACCAAUUCAACACCUUUGAAAAUGAUUCAUACAUUGGAAACCCAGGAUUGUGUGGAUUUAUGUUGUCAAAAAAAUGUAAUAUUGAUGAGGCAACACAACCACAAUCAUCAAUAUUCCAUGGUGAAAAGCUCAAAAUUUCAGGAUGGUGUGAAUGGAAGUUUGUUAUGAUGGGAUAUGGAUGCGGACUACCCCUCGGCCUAUUUAUAGGAUAUCAAGUCCUCACAACAGGAAAAUUGCAGUGGCUUCUAAGGAUGAUUAAUAAAGGUACUAAGAGAUGUGAGAGGACUAGAAGACGUAAUAAGAAGACUAAGCAAAAGUUGGUCUCUUCAUAAGCAAUGCAGACACUUGCUUCUAGGUGACCAGGUAAGGUGUGAAGAUCAAUGUCAUAAAGGAUUGCCAAAUUUUAGGAUUCAUCAUUUGUAGUCAAAUAUAUAUAGCAUCUAAUAAUGUUGUGCCUCAAACAACUUGAAGAAAUUUCAAAUUUUCAUUGUACCAACUUCAAUACGCGGUUAUGAUUUUACUUUAGGAUUUUAUUGAUGUAUAUCAACCUUGUGAUGUGAAGAGAUGUAUUUUGUCUAUGAUGUAAUUAAAGUUUGUACUACUA